GGCUUCAGUCGAGUGGUCUUCGAUACAGAAUCGAGUAUAUAUAAGGCAUCGAUGCACACCGAAGAGUCAUACAAUCAAUUACCGAAUACCAGAAUGUUCCAGUUGAGAAGCAUCUAUUCUUUGCAGCAGAGCCUCAGAGUGGGUCCACUGAUCCUGCUGGUCCUGGCCCUGUUGGCUCUGACUCCUGGCUCGGACUCACGAUGGACGAAGCGACCCCGACGCACCACUAUUCCCUGGGGCAGCACCACCCCGAAGACCAGCCACCAUCAGCACGUCCAUCACUGGCCACCACUAUUGGCGCCACCGAAGCCACCAUCGCAGGUCCUUCCGGAAGUAGUUUACAAGCCACAGAGUAGUCCUCGGCUUAUAGAUAGCUUUGAUCAGCGAUCUCUGGACGGGCAGUACGAGUUUAGAUACCAACUGGACAAUGGUAAUACUCGCUACGAGCGGGCUUAUUGGCUUCCCGUGGGCAAGGAACUCGUCCUGGCCAAGAAAGGAUACUACUCUGUGCCCUUGCCCAACAGCCAGUACUCGACGGUGUUCUACACAGCCGAUCAUCGUGGCUACCAUGUGGAUACCCAUACCUUAUCCGCCGAACAGCCGAUGCUACCAAGGAACCUUGAAGUUCCCGGAGUUGCUCGCGAAAAGGAUCCAGAAACUAAGAAAACUUCAAUACCCGAACCGGAGCAUACCGAUCAGGAUCUGGAUGUGAAAGUCGAUGAGCAGGAGGAUCCAAAUGAGGAGAAGGACACAAGCUAUGUCUCCACAACUGAGCUAUAUGCUGAAACCGAAACCGAGCCAUCAACUUUGGCCAUCAACGACAUUUCGGCAACCGAGAAGGAUGAUGAAGAUGACGAUGUCUAUGAGGUUGAGGAUGAUGAUGAUGAUGAUGAUGAUGGAGGCGACUCAAAAUGAAAGGAUACAGCAGGAUAUGGCAUGGCGGAGUAGCAGGCAGCCGGGGAGUAGGGGAGGGGGGGAUUUGGAUCGAGGACAUGCACACACACACACUUGGCUGACUCCCAACUCGCUCCAGUUGCCGCAAAUCGAAUUGGAAACAAUUGUUGCAGUCAGCAGUCGGACACAGUUGAGUUGUCCUGUCGUUUCGGUUGCCAUUUCCCCCAACACUCAUGGUAAUAGACCUGGAAACAAUCCUGUCCGACCUGGCCAAGUCAGCUCCCAAGUUAAACGUCAUCUAUCUCUAUUGCUCGCUUGACAGGCUUCAUAUUUUCCAAGGCAGUGCCCCUUUUUGCCAGCCAU